GAUGUUUCCUCGGGUCUUUCGCGUUUGCCUCGCCGCCACGUUGGGUGCACCGGGUGCCCUUGCGGCGAAGACACCAAGCAGCCUGGCCAGCGUGGCGUGUGCCAUGACAGAACCGGUCAUCGUGGUGGGAGGCGGUCUAGCCGGGCUCUGCGCCAGCAUUGAGGCCGCAAAGAGGGGUGCCAAUGUCACCAUCAUCGACAAGGAGGCACAGCUGGGCGGAAACUCGGCCAAGGCCUCGUCCGGCAUGAACGGUGCCAACACGGAGGCCCAGAAAGCUUCCGGCAUUGACGAUUCCGUGGAGAAGUUCGUGGAGGACACCCUGAGCUCCGGCGACGGCCUGGCCUCGCCGGAGCUGGUGACGGUGCUGGCAGAGCAGAGUGCUGAGACACACCAGUGGCUGAAGUCUUUGGGUUUGCACUUAAGCGACGUGGUGCAGCUGGGUGGUCACAGCACCAAGCGUACCCAUCGCUUUCCCGCCACAGCGGAGGGAAAACCACAACCCGUUGGAUGGACCUUAGUGAGUGGCCUCAGGAAAGUCUUGGAGACUGAGCUCAAGGAGUUGGUCAAGGCUCGCACCAAGUCCAGCUUUAAGGAGCUGCUCUUGGAAGAGGGCCGCGUGGCGGGUCUUCGCUUCGUGGCCGAGGGCAUCGAGGAAGAGCUGCGGGGAACCGUUGUGUUGACAUCUGGAGGCUACGCCAACGACCACGCGGAGGCCUCGCUGCUGGAGAAACACGCGCCACAGCUGGCGAAACUGCCCACCACCAACGGACCCUUCGCCACGGGAGACAUUAUCAAGGCCUUAGUGAAGCAGGACGUGGGAGUCCAAACCACCUUGAUGGACAAAGUGCAAAUCCAUCCGACAGGUUUCAUCGAAGUGAAACAACCCAACUUCCACACCAAAUUCCUCGCACCCGAAGCCCUGAGAGGUUCUGGAGGCAUCUUGUUGUGCCACGGGAAGCGCUUUGCGAAUGAGCUCGGGAGGAGAGAUUACCUUACCGACGAAAUGUUCAAACACUGCAAACCGCUGUUUGACAAGGAAGAGAACCCCUUGGCCGCAGCCAUGCUGUUGACGGAGGAGGCGGUGGAAAAGUAUGGCAGUGGUGCCAUGGGUUUCUACAAGUUCAAAGGUUUGGUGCAGGAC